AUGACACCCUCGGCCGUGCAAAAUGCGCCGCCCCCUUCACCAGGCAGGUCGUCAUCCGGCGGCCCAGGAACAAGCAAGCACACCAACCCGCCAUGCGCGAUGCUCCGCGUCAGCGGCACGCGCAUCGUCGACCCCUCCGGGGACGAGGUCGUCCUCAAGGGCGCGGGGCUAGGCGGCAUGCUCAACAUGGAGAACUUCAUCACGGGCUACUCGGGGCACGAGCACGAGCACCGCGCCGCGCUGGCCGAGGUGCUCGGGCAGGAAAAGGCCGACUUCUACUUCUCGCGCCUGCUGCACCACUUCUUCGGCGAGGCCGACGCCGCGCUGCUGGCCUCGCUGGGGCUCAACUGCCUCCGCGUGCCCUUCAACUACCGCCACUUCAUGGACGACGACAACCCGGGCGUCAUCAAGGCCUCCGGGUUCCGGCUGCUCGACCGGAUCGUCGACAUCUGCGGCCGGCACAACAUCUACGUGGUGCUGGACCUGCACGCGGUCCCCGGCGGCCAGAACCAGGACUGGCACAGCGACUCGGGCCUCAGCCGCGCGCUGUUCUGGGAGUUCCGCGACUUCCAGGACCGCGCGGUGCAGCUGUGGACGGCGAUCGCGGCGCACUACGCCGGGAACCCCGUCGUCGCGGGCUACAACCCGCUCAACGAGCCGGCGGACCCCCGGCACACGCGGCUGAUCGCGUGGUACGAGCGCGUCGAGGCGGCCAUCCGUGCCGUCGACCCGGACCACAUGCUCUUCCUCGACGGCAACACGUACGCCAUGGACUUCUCGGCCUUUGACCCGGCGCGCACGCUGCCCAACGCCGUGUACAGCGUCCACGACUACAGCACGCUCGGGUUCCCCCUGCCGGAGCAGUACGAGGCCACGGACGCGCAGAGGGCCCGGCUGCGCGCCAGCUUCGCCCGCAAGGCGCGCUUCAUGCGCGAGGCCGGCGUGCCCGUGUGGAACGGCGAGUUCGGCCCCGUGUACCAGGACCCGCGGACGAACCCCGACGCCGCCGCCGCCGCCAACGCCAAGCGCUUCGCCCUGCUGCGCGAGCAGCUCGCCGUGUACCGCGAGUGCGGCGGCGUCUCGUGGAGCAUCUGGCUGUACAAGGACGUCGGCUACCAGGGCAUGGUGUACCUCGACCCGGAGAGCGCGCACAUGCGCCUCGUGCGGCCCUUCAUCGACAAGAAGCAGCGCCUGGGCCUGGACUUUUGGGCCUGCGCCGACAAGUCCCUCGUCGACGCGCAGGUGUACCGGCCGCUCAUUGACAAGCUCAGGGACAUGGUGCCCGAGCACCUGCGGCGGAAAAAGUACCCCAAGACGUGGACCUUUGACAGGCAGGUGGAGCGCGUGGUGAGGGAGUGCCUCAUGAGCGAGUACCUCGGGUGGGAGCUGGCCGAGGCCUUUGCCGGCAAGACGGAGGACGAGCUGGAGGAGCUGGCGGCCAGCUUUUCCCUGGACAAGUGCUUGCGGCGCGACGAGCUGAACUGGAUCCUGCAGCUGGACACGCGGGGGGAGCUUUGA